AUGAAACUCUCCAUCACUUAUUGCGCGGCGGCAAGCCUUGCUGGCAUUGCCUGUGCAGCAUCUCCUAUUGUCCAUUCUGAUUCUGGCGUGUACCAAGGACGCUACCUCCCCGAAUUUGACCAAGAUGUUUUCCUGGGUAUCAAAUAUGCGCCAAAACCAGUGCGUUUUGCUCCUGCUAAGCUCGUCUCCAAUGCUCCAAAGACACGUCACGAUGCUACAAAAUAUGGCCUAGACUGCCAGGGCUACGGGGGAGAUACCAACGCAUUGGUUGCCAGCAAUUGGACUCGGUUGGGUGAAGAUUGUCUGCAUCUCAACAUUAUCAAGCCGAGGACGAAUGAGACUGGGCUUCCAGUACUGCUUUGGAUUUAUGGCGGCGGAUGGCAACAAGGGGCUACGAGUGACCCGCGUUAUAACAUGAGCUACAUAGUCCAACAAUCGGUGCUCAAUGAUAAGCCUGUCAUUGGCAUCUCCAUCAACUACCGUAUGGCAGCAUUCGGCUUCUUGUACAGCAAGCAAGUGAAGGAGGCUGGUGUCGAGAACCUCGGACUUCGCGAUCAGCGCCUCGCACUACAGUGGGUCAACAAGCACAUCUCCUCGUUUGGUGGCGAUCCUUCCAAAGUCACCAUUUGGGGCGAGUCGGCUGGCGGAUAUUCUGUCGGUGACCACAUUGCAGCCUACAAUGGUGACAACGGCGGACUCUUCCGUGCUGCCAUUCUGGAGAGCGGCAACUCAGUUGGGGCACCCUUGAACGGAACGGAAUGGUACCAGAAUAUGUACGACAACCUGGCAAAGUUGGUCGGAUGUGCUGACGCCCAAGACACGCUCCAAUGCCUUCGCGAUGUGCCGUUUGAAACCAUUGCACCAUAUGGCUACCAAAACUUGGAGUGGUUCCAUGUAAUGGACGGCAGCUUCAUUCCUCGAUACGGACAGCAGUCUCUGAAGCAAGGAAAGUUUGCAAAGAUCCCGCUCAUCCUCGGUACCAACACCGACGAGGGUUUUGGUGUCAACGGCGUGGACAAUGACUCGCAAGCCAUACAUGAGCUUGUGCACUCCAAGCGCUGGAAUGUCAACGAGACUGUCGCACAGAAACUACUACAGCUUUACCCCAACGACCCUUCUCUCGGCCAGCCAUACGGAUGGGGUAACCGCACAUGGCCGCAGUUUGGGCUGCAGUACAAGCGGUUCCAGAGCAUCGCGACGGACCUGACCAUGUAUGCUCCCAGAAGGCUCCUAGCCCAAAGCAUGAGCAAGCACGUAGACGGCGUGUAUUCAUAUCGCUGGGAUGCACCAAAAUUCAACAACACACCGGAUUAUAUUGGCGUUAACCACUUUUCCGAGAUACCUUUUGUGUUUGGUAACACCGAACAGCAACUUACACCUCUGGGAAACAGCGCGGAGAACCUGGCCCUCUCCAAGCUAGUCAUGCGCAUGUGGACAGCUUUUGCAUAUGACCUUGAUCCGAAUGGCCACGGAGUUCCUGGUACCCCGGAAUGGCCGAGCUACGCGAGCGAGGCAAAGAAUUUUGUGUUCCGCAAGGACCGGAGCUAUGUCGAGGCAGAUGAUGACCGAACAGAACGUGUUGCAUACAUCAAUAGCCUGGUGCGGUGA